AUGGAUAAAUUUGAAAUAUUAUUAUUUGCAAAAGCAAAAGAAGUUGUGGGUAAUAAAACAAGCAUAGUAGUCGAGCUACCAAAAGGAAAGAAUACAACUUUACAUUUAAUAAGUCAAUUAAAGACAUUGCAUCCAGAAAUCAUACCAAUUCUAGAUAUUAGCUUAUUAGCAGUAAACCAAGAAUAUGUUGAAAGAGGCAGAGAUAUAGAGAUCAAUUCAAAAGAUGAAAUUGCCAUAAUUCCACCAGUCAGUGGAGGUUAA